ACUUCCAAGGUAUUUAUUACACGAGUAGAAACAAUGGAACGGUCUCAUUCAAAGCUGUCACAAUCACUAACAGGAAGAUUACAACAACUCCAAGAUACCAAAAAUUAUUUCUAGGACGGACGGCUAUAAGGAGCUGGUUUUAUGCUUGCUGCUUCGGACAAUUAGCUCUUUUCAAUUCACUAAGAAGACGGCGAACUCAGGUAGAGCGGAUUCUUAUUGUUUUGUAUGGAUGGUCUGUCUUGCAUCCAAAAAGUUUUGUCUUGCAUCCAAAAAAAAAGUAAAAACAUAAAGAAAAAUGGUCUCCUGGUAAGAAAACAUAAGAUUAAGAUGGUCUCAAAGAAAACAACAUAUCGAACAGCCGGUAAUCAAACCCGGGCCUGUACAUGUACUAUUCUACCGCUAGAACACUGGUACUUUUGCUUACUAAGGGAAAUAACUUGUUUAGACAAAACUGGUUUGGCUAAAAGAAAAGCAGACCAGACCGACAUAAACUGGAUUAGGUGUACAAGUAACGUAAUUGAUCAGUGACGUGACAGUAAUUAAGCGAAUCAAAGUACUCGAGUUGCUAUCAAAUGACCCCUUGUUUUUGGCCUGGCUGUCCAAUUAAGAAAGAUGAUUUAUAGUUAAAUUAACUAAAAUUUAGCUACGUAUUCUAUAUUUCUGUAGCAUAUCCGUGUCUGAUUUAUUUUAUAAAAUAUGAAUGCGUUUUCUUCAUUAUAAUGUUUAUUUUUUCGUAAAUCAAUAGUAGUGAAUUUUCUUGUAGUUAAAAAAGCAGCCAGUCGAGACCUCAUCAGUAUUAAAUUCAUAUUUGGUCAUGUAAGUAUCAUAUUGCGAUAAAAGGUUGGACUAUUACAAGACAAACACAAAAGGAAUGUUUAGAAACAGAACAAACACGAUUGAUUAUAAACCACUCCCUUGAUUUUUAAAGGUCAUCAUUUUUGUAAUUUUAUGGACUAAUUGAAGAGUUUAAUUUAGUUGAGAUUGAUUUGGAUUUCAGUUAAUUGUAUUCGCCUGACGAUUGACUUAUUUAGUUUUAAAAUGAUUUCUAAUCAAAUCUUUCGUUGUGUCUCUUUCCAUACUUUCAUGUUCGUGAAUUUGUUUAUACAAUUAUUUUGUAAAAUUAAACAAAACUAGUAGAGACGGAAGUAAUUUGGUUUGCUUACAAAAAGUUUAAAAUUUGAGAGUUUUGUUCUUAAUGCGUAUUGCUGGAAUGGGAAAAUCCGAUAUCAAGUAUAAGCUAAAUUUAGAACAUCGCAAGUCAAAACAAACCCUUUUUGUUAAUUAUUAUUGAUUGAUUUACUAGAGAAUCAGUGAGAGUAUCAUAAUUUAAUAAAACAUUGUUAAGAUGUGUAAUCUUUAUUUCCAUUAGACCAACUGCUUUUGGGAUGUGGUCCAGAUGUUUUUAUCUAAUGUGCUGGCUUCUAACCAGGGUGUGUGGGUUAGAGAUGCAUCGUCCAACGAAUUCUCCAAAGAAGGUUUGAGCGGUAAACUCCUAGCUCCGAUCUGCAUACAAACGAGUUGUAUAUAGAAAUCUUUUUUUUUUUUUUGAGCAAUACCUUUUUAAAUUGAUGCUAUGAUAAGAUACUAGCUAUAUAAACUUGCUAUCAUUGGCAAGUUAAUAAUUAAUCAUAUGCUACGUAGUACGUUAAUAGUAUUACAUGAGAACAAAACAAAAUCCACCAUAUACGGUGAUAAUAUUGAUACUGUCGAUACUCGAUAGAUACAUUACAUAUGUACACGAUCUAUUAAUAAUAUACCCACGAUAGGAAAAGCCAAAUCAUGUCUAACAAACAUAUAAACACAACACCAAAAGUAUAAUUAACGCUAUAUUAAUAACAUCUUUCUAUUCACUAAACACAUUUGGAUAUAUACCCUUCCAUCUUUAAACAUCUCUCAGGAUCCUAUCUUUAGGGUUUCAACAUUUUCUUCAGAAAUAUCUCUCGAAUAUUUAAGUAACAUAUACAAAGUAUGGAGUGUGAGAGAUCAUCGUCGUCCACUUCAUCAGAGACCGGAGCCGUUCUUCACCAUCGUUCUUCUUCGUCGGUCUCCACCGUGACGAGACGAAUGUAUGAGUGCACUUUCUGCAAAAGAGGUUUCACGAACGCACAAGCUUUAGGUGGUCACAUGAACAUCCAUCGACGUGACCGUCUCAACAAGGCGACCAAGCUGCAAAACGACGCUGACUCAGCACUCUCCGGUUCUCGAAGAUGUUUCCACGUGGCAUCUUCCGAUCGUGGAGUCUAUGAGCAAGUAGACUCCGUCGUCUUGAGGACGACCACAAACUUGAGCUUACCAGUUGGAUCGAUGGUUACAAGGAGAGAAAACGUCGUCGUUGAAGGAGAUGAAAUCGAUUUGGAGCUACGUCUUGGCUUAUGAGUUAUGAGAUCAUCAACCACUACAUCUAUAUUUGUAUAAUACGUUUUUUGGGUGUUUAUUGUAUGUUUCUUGAGGUUGAUAUGUGUAUUUUAAUACAGGACCGCAUAUGAUGAGUUUAUUAUAUGUUAAUGUAAUGUAUGUUUAGGUGGAUAUUUAAUCAUGCAUGUUUUGUGAUUGAUCACUGAGAUAUAUAUUGGCUAUAGCGAUGAUAUAUAUAUAUAUAUAUAUAUACAUGUUAAAUCUUUUACUUGUAUGUCACAAAUAUUAUUUUCACUGAAAAAAUCAGAUCUAUCUCACAACAAAAUCAUUGAACUAUAUAACUAGCUAUUGGAUUAAAGUAACUAAAGCCAAUCUAGGUUAUGCUGCUGCGAGAGGAUGAUACUUAAAUAUAAAAGACAGAAAAAAACGAAAAGAACAAAUAAAUUGGGAAAAUUGAAAAUGUUCUUUUCAUUGAAAAUCUCUUAUUGGCCGAAAGCCCUUCAAAAAAUAUAUUUAUUUUUCCAAUAAAAAUAUAUGUGCCAGUUCACCAUCCUCUUAGUUUUUGGGUGGAAUUAACUUCUUGUUUAGCAUAGACCUACGUGGUAAAAUCGCAAUAAAAAUCUGUUUUCCAAUAAAUUAUAUAUUACAACUAAAAUUAAACUAGAGAAAUUUUUUACACUAUCACUUUCGUAGUACCAUUUUUUAUGUUUACUUUAACUACAUUACCUUUAAUUUUCAAUAGUAAAAAGACUAUUAUAUUCCUAAUUAAUUGAACAUAUACCUAAUCUAUUUUCUCGCAUGAGCUCUCCAAUUUCAGUUCGAGGAACUUUCAAUUGCUCUAUGGUGAUCAAAUCCGACGAGAUUGGAUGACAUGUGCCAUUGUUUUUGUCAUACCAGAAUGUUCAUAUAAGGUCUAAGGAUUUUCGAUUAAGUGGUAAGGAAUGGAUUGAAUAUCGAAGGAUUAUGCAGAAGAGGUGAGAAUUUGAGAAGACUAGGAAGCUGGUAAAAUAGUUUUUUUUUUAAUGGUAAAAUAGUUCUCUUGUAAAGGAAUCAUCAAACCUGAAGCUUACACUCAACACCAUUAUCAGCGCUUCUGUUAAAAGAGAGACUUCUCUGGUGUAGAAGAGGUUUUGAAGGCCAUGAAGAAGGAUGGUAACAUAUACGUUUCUUAUGAAAUUAAGCAUCAAGAAAAGAAAAUUUGUUAAAUAGACUUACAAACACUAAAUAAUUUUAUAAAUCAUUAUAAAUUAUUUUAUAAAUACUUAUAAACUAGAUGGUGGCCCGUACACUUGUGCGGACCAAUAUAUAUCCAUCUAAUUCAAAUUUUAUUUAAUUUUUAUCUAAAUUAUUUAAUUAGUUUCAAAUAUUAAAUUAAUUAGAGAUAUAAUUUACUUUUUUUUAUUAGAGGACAACAUAGAUAAUGGUUUGGUAUUUGUAAAAUAUUUAUUUAUUCUUUAACUAAACCACACAAAGAAAAAGUAUCAUCAUUAUAAUAACCUAAUAAAAUUUUAUUAUUACUUUUAAAAUAAUAUAAAAUAUAAAUCUACAAAUAAACCAUAAUUACCAAAUUAUCAAAGAAGCUUAUGAAAUCAAACCCCUCUUCAUCAAAGUCUUAAUUGCAUUUUAUAUGAAUUUCUUCUUCAUCGGAGUUCAUAUUGACACCUAUUAACAAAAUUUACAAUAAUAAAAACAUACUUCUAUUUAAUAAAAAAAUUAUAAACUAAAAUUAAUAAAUUAUAUAUAUAUAUAAUAGUAAAAGGUGUAUUUUUAAUUUUUAACAACGAUCGAUUGUAUUCUUUGGACUCAUAUUUUGAUUGAUAAGAUAAUUUGGUGAUAUAAAAGAGAAGCAAUCUUCAUUUAAAAAAUAAUAAUUAAAUAAAACAUUAAAAGAUUUAAUAUUAAAAGUAAACAUAAUAUGAACAAAACUAUAAAAUUAAUACUCAUUAAUAAUAGUUAUCCAUGAAUAUAAUGAAAAUAUUUAUUAAAUAAUUACUAAAUAUGUUAAAAACUAACAAUUCAAAAAAUCUAUCUUAUUAAAACUCAAGUACAAAAUUGGAGUGUUUGGAGACUUGAAUAGGACUAUUAAAAAAAUUUGAAGUGUUUGGAAACAUGAAUUGUAGUCUUUUAAAAAAAAAUUAAUUUUGUUUGGAAACAAAGAUAGUAGUAGUAAGAAAAAAAAGUAAUGGGCUUAUGUUAUUAAAAAAAAUUAAAAGUCCAUCAUAUUAUAAGAAAGUUAGAAACUAUCUAUCUGAGCCAGAUUUAAAAUAUACGAAAAUGGUUCAAUCUAAUUGCCUAAAACUUUUUAUUUUCUAAACUAACCAUAAAACAAAAUUUAAACUUUAUACACAUAUUUCAAAUCAAAAUAAUAAUUUAAAGUUGAUUUAUAUCAAAAAUUGAUUAAAAAAUAAUACAUAUAUUCAAAAAUGGAUUUUUAAUAAACUAUUUUUCAAUAACCAUUA